CUGACUGAUAUAAUAAUGAGCUUCAGUCCCUCUUCUGACUCUUCCUCUUCCUAUGUGUUAGGUUGAUACUUAUUAAAUAGAGGCCAAAGAAGCCAAAUUUGAUGCACAGUAGAGGGGUGAAGAAUGGAGAGCAGCAGCAAGAGGAAAAGUGGUGGAAACGGAGAGAUUCUAGAUGGUUCCAACAUUAUGGAGUUGGUUGGGAACGAGCAAGUAUUCAGCAACUUCGUGGACCAUAAGUUUCAUCAGUUGGAUAAGGACAGAGAUGGUAAGCUCUCAGUGAAGGAGCUUGAACCUGCUGUUGCUGACAUCGGUGCUGCUCUUGGUUUGCCUGCUCAAGGCAUUAGUCCUGAUUCUGAUCACAUCUAUUUUGAGGUCUUGAAUGAAUUCACCCAUGGCAAGCAAGAAAAGGUGAGCAAGACUGAAUUCAAAGAGGUUCUCUCAGACAUUCUUUUGGGCAUGGCUGCUGGACUGAAGCGAGACCCUAUAGUUAUACUCCGCAUGGAUGGGGAAGAUCUCCUUGAGUUUGUUAAUGGUCCAGGUUAUGAAGCAGAGCUGGCAUCUAUUUUCUCUCAGAUUGAGUCCCCCAGUGGAUCACUUCGUGAACAUGUAAUUGAAGCUUUUGGAAGACUCACUGUUGAUCAAGGAAUUCCUCCUACAUCAGAUUCUUGGGUUUUCAACAACAUUGUGGAUCCAGCACUGUCUCAAGCUGGCCCUGCUUUGGACAAGCCUGUUACUCAAGAGACAUUUUUGGAAGAAUUUAAGAGAGUGGCAUUGAGUGUGGUUGAUUGUCUUAAAGAGAAACCUGCCAUCGUUGCCCACAGUGAAAACACCUUUGAUGGACGUGGUGUCAAGAGACUUUUAUCCAACAAGUUUGAAUUAGACAGGACAUUGAACUUAGCUUUGGAGAAUCUGCUCAAAGAUCACAAUGGAAAAAUAUCAAAGGACCAUCUGCGGUUGGCACUAGAUCUGGUGUCUCCAUCUGCUGGUUUACCUCCAGUUGGAGCAAUUGAAGAGAUGGAUAAGGUUAUUGGUGAAGCCUUUAAGACGGUGAAUGCAGAUGAUGGGAAGACAGUUAAAGAAGACGAAUUCAAGAAAAUUAUAACUGAAAUACUAGGGAGUAUCAUGUUGCAGUUAGAGGGCAAUCCCAUAUCUGUUUCUUCAAAUUCAGUUGUGCAUGAGCCUUUAGGCUCAUCUUCUACCCUUUUGCAGCCAUCUUCUAGUGAAACUGCAUGACUGUCUCAAGUUUAUGAACAAUAAAAAACGAAGUACAAUUAAAAAAAUUAUUCAUGCAAAUUGUUACUGGCAUAAUUUGUAUUUUGAAAAGUCAAUUUUUAUGCUGCGGGAUUAUUUAUGAACCUGAAGUUGUAGAAUGCCACGGA